UGGUCAUCUCCCUGCGCCAGCCUCACGGCGCGCGGGGCUGGUGGCGCCCUCUAGUGACGUCACGACCAUUGACAGCAUGAGUCGGAGGCUGCUGCCAUGGUGGUGGUGAACGUCCAGGUGCGGCAUGUCUAGACUGGGGGCCUUCGGCGACGCCCGGGUCCGACUGGGGCUGCUGUUGGGCACUGCCGCGGGCCUGGGAGCCCUGUGUGCCCUUUACAGCCAGCGGUGGAGACGGACCCAGCGCCAUGGCCGGAGCCAGAGCCAGAGGCAGAGCCUGCCCAACUCCUUGGACCACACGCAUACCGCCGAGCCCCGACGCCAGGUGCCGCAGCUGCGGGGGGUCCCCGGGGAGGCCGGAGACGCGGCCGUGCUGUCCAGCCUCUCGGAAGCGGGGCAGGUUCAGGUGCUGGAGCGCCUGGACUUCGUGCUCAGCAGUCUGGUGGCCCUGCGGCGGGAGGUGGAGGAGCUGAGGAGCAGCCUGCAGGGGCUCGCAGGGGAGAUUGUUGGGGAGGUCCGAUCCCACUUGGAAGAGAACCAGCGAGUGGCUCGGCGGAGAAGAUUCCCAUUUGCCCGGGAGAGGAGCGACUCCACUGGCUCCAGCUCCGUCUACUUCACAGCCACAUCCGGAGGCGGGUACACGGAUGUGGAGAGCGAAGGCGGCUAUACCACAGCCAAUGCCGAGUCUGACUAUGAGCGGGAGUCUGACCGGGAGAGUGAGGAUGGGGAGGAUGAAGUGAGCUGUGAGACUGUGAAGAUGGGAAGGAAGGAUUCGCUGGACCUGGAGGUGGCUUUGGGCCCAGUGCCCGGAGUGUUGGAAACAGAAGGCUCCCUUGGCCUGGAAGACGCUCUUCCCCUCCUGCAGCAGGCGGACCAGCUACACAGUGGCAACGCACAGGACAAACGUGAAGGCUUCCAGCUGCUGCUCAACAACAAGCUGUCGUACACGGGUCUGCAGGACUUCCUCUGGCGCCUGGCCAGGGCCUACAGUGACAUGUGUGAGCUCAGUGAGGAUGUGGAUGAGAAGAAGUCCUAUGCCCAAAAUGGGAAAGAAGCAGCAGAAGCAGCUCUGGAGAAGGAAGACAAGAAUGCUGCGUGUCACCAGUGGUAUGCAGUGCUUUGUGGUCAGCUGGCUGAGCAUGAAGGCAUGCAGAAACGCAUCCAGAGUGGCUUCAGCUUCAAGGAGCAUGUGGACAAAGCCAUUGCUCUCCAGCCAGAAAACCCCAUGGCUCACUUUCUUCUUGGCAGGUGGUGUUAUCAGGUCUCUCACCUAAGCUGGCUAGAAAAAAAAACUGCUACAGCCUUGUUUGAAAGCCCUCUCAGUGCCACUGUACAGGAUGCCCUGCAGAGCUUCCUAAAGGCAGAAGAACUACAGCCAGGAUUUUCCAAAGCAGGAAGAAUAUAUAUCUCCAAGUGCUAUAAAGAACUGGGGAAAAACACUGAAGCUAGACAGUGGAUGAAGCAGGCUCUGGAGCUGCCAAAUAUCACUAAUGAGGACUCAGCUUUCCAGAAGGACUUGGAAGAACUGGAAGUAAUUUUAGGAGAAUAAUCAUUUUGAUGGCCUUUAUGACUGAAAAGGAUAUUACUGUUUGCAGGAGGAAAAUCAAGUCUUUUUCCUUAGGCCCUGCUUACAUAAGGAAAAUGAUUAAGAGUGGUUAUUGGAGAAUCUCAGCUCCUGAGUCUUGACUGGUACCUUCUAUCAUUCCACCAAUUUCUUGCUUUUAUUGUCAAUGGUUAAUUUAUUUAAAUCCUUACUUAAUUUGAGAUUGGGGAAGUACUUGCGGCCCGGGAUUCUGUUCUCAACUUCUUAAGUGAAUUUAAAAAAUCAAGACUAGUUGAGCACCGAAGACUGCUUUCUGACCUGCUGUUGAGGCAGAUGAACAACUAAGAGCGAUAGGAACAAAAUACAGAACUUGUACUUUAAUAUUUAACACCAAAGUAUAAAAUCCUAAGAUAACAGCCUACCUGCCAAGAUAAAAAUGUAGGCAGUUUGGUCACGGGAGACACGCCCUCUUCUCACCUAUCAUGUAGAAUCUAACAAUAUUCCUGGACAGACCAUUUGACUUCCAGAGUCUGGCAGCUUUUGGAACAAGGGCAUGUGAUAGAAAGUUUAUGAGAUUGUGAAAUGAUAUGAAGAGUUGCCUGAAAUAUAUUUUGGUAUAAAAUGUGAAUAAACCAAAUUUGAAGUAAU